GUCCUUAUGUCACAACUCAUUAGAGACAUUGUUAUACUGACAGCGUAAAAUAGCUCUGUUCACGGUUUCUUGAUUCAGAGUCGAGGACGCUCGAUAGCACAACUGUGCAAUUCUGUGUUUCGGGUCCACGUAGCACGCACCCCGACAGCCUCAAAAACCACUCCUCCUCAUCCUUUAUAGAUUCCAACUUCUCAUAGAAAUUUUCUCCUCCUUGUAGUAUUAUCAACACUCAGACAGAUAGCAGUAUUGAACAGGAGUGGCGCAGACUAUCUGGAGCAAAUCAUGUUCAAACUACCCCUGAACAUAAUGCCAGCCAGCAAGUUCGUCGUUCACGACCUCACCUGGUCUUGUCCCAAGCCAACCAAGGUUGAUCCGUCUGGCAACGCGGGCAGGAAUGGCUGCUCGAUUAAGCGGUUGUCGGACGAGAUUCUGCUCGAGAUAUUUGCUUAUUGUGACUCCUUCUCUGUUACUCGUUUCAUUAUGGUCAACCGGCACUGGAAUAAACUGGGAACAGCACUUCUGGAAAGGAACUGGACCAGCGUUUCUGACCGAGACCUUAAAGACGCACACCUCAAUACUAAUGAUAAAGCAAACCGGCUGAUCAGAAGGAUCGCUCCGGUCUUGCGCUCCCUUGAUAUUUCAUCCGAAGUCAGCGUGACUUUGAGCGGGCCUUUCCCGCCAUUCAGUCGCCUCGAGGAACUGGUCCUCGGUGGUUAUGGGUUCAGAACCUAUGAGACAGUUUUCCAGAUUAUCAGUACCAGCCAUUCAACCCUCCGUUCGCUGACUUUCGAGUAUAUAAGUGACCUGACAGAAGGCUUUGCCAUACGUCUAGCACCCUACUUGAAAAAUCUGCAUAAGCUCUUUCUGAGAUACAGAUUAAUCCAAAAUAAUAGCGCUGCUGGUAGUGCCAUUCUUCUUGGCGCGCCAAAUGAACCGCGCAGCCUGCUCUUACCACGCGGGUGUGAAGGGAUUGAUUUGCUAACCAUACUGACCGUGAUCAGUACGCGCUUGGAGACGCUCGAAUAUCUUGGGUUGCAUUGUACCUCGUUCGAUAGCGAAGGUUUGCUUGUUCUUUUUGAAGAUGGAAAUGCACAAACUGGUACACCAACUAUGUCGCCAUUGAAACUGCAUGGGCUGAAUUUGUCACAAUGCGAAUAUCUGGAUGAUGCAUCCAUCUUUGACGAACUGAGAGGCCGUCUGACAAAUCUAACGUAUCUCAACAUCUCGUUUCUGGAUACAUUUUCCUCUGACCCCUUUCAACUAGCGCAAUUCUUACAGUCGACUCCGAAAAUUGAAACGAUCAGUGCUCAGGGCACGCAAGGGUUCACUGAUGAGGUCUUGCUGAGUCUUCUACAUUCAUGCACAUCUUUGAAAUACUUGCAUUUUGAAGAGAACACCGAGCUGACGGCAUUGGGAAUCAGUCGGUUCAUCAGGUCGGCGCCAGACAGCCUUCUGUGUAUUACCUUUCUAAAUAUGAACUCCAUUACAGACUUGGUCGUUUUGGAGUUGCUGAAUCUAUCUCGGAAAAGAUCAUGGGAAGCGUUUACUAAGGAUCCCAAGAAUUUUGUGUCUCGGUGCAAUCUAAAAUUUGGUGUAGGCGGUUGCGACAAUGUCACUGACGCAAUCUUUGUUCUCUAUGUUUUACAACUUUUUGAAUAUUAUUUGGUGCGGCCGGACGAGGUAGUCCUUGGCUCUCAGCCGCUGUCGUCGCUACGAUGGACCGGGGAAGUCUUUGGGUUUCUGUCAACAGAUAUUCAGGAUGCAGAUCAGCUCACAAGCGUAGUCCAGCCGUGCUACCCCUUUAUGACGUCGGAAUUCUAUGACUGUAUUGAGGAGGAGCAGGAGCAGAGAUUGAUGCGAAAAAAACUACUAAUCUUGAUGAAACGCACUUUACUUGGAAUCGCGUGGUGGAUGGAGGGCUCGGAGGAGCAGUUUCCACACAGCAUGAGACUGCAGAUAUUGUUUAGGCAGUACUUGCAAGAGCUCACGACAAUUAAGGACGCGCGGUUUGCUAUCUGUGGCUUUAGGAUGGCUGCCGAUGAAGCUUUUGGGCGCGAGGAUGUAGAGGCGGCGUUAAAUAGGUUUGGGGUCAAGUUGUCGGCGCAUGAGGUGAAGCAGGAGGACGGUGACUUUGGGGAAGAAUCCGAUGAUCAGCUUGAGAUUGCCUCCGACGACAGUAUAUAUGGCGCUAACGAAGAUCUCAGCGAAGACGAGUUCUAGAGCGCCAACAAGACUACCGGUGAUUGAUCGGCAGGUGGUUCGAUUUUGACUGUUAGAUCCGACUCCUUGCAGUUGCAGUGUAUAAAUACUGCUGAUAUCUAUAUUGCUCUGGCUUUCGUGAUUGCGGUAAUCUCCAGCGUCAUAUUGUGGUGCCGUAUUGCUAGUAGAUAAUAUCCAGCAGUUGAUGCAGAGAUCAUGCGUCUCGUUCCGGAGGCUCUUGAGUGAGUUCUCAAUGAUCAUGCACUUAUAUGCACAAAGCAGCAGACAGACUAAAGUAAAGUAUAUACGUUGUUCCAAACAAUUAUAGAAGAGAC